GUCGCCUUCUGGACGAACAAGUCUUCACCACUAUACAUCAAAUGUAGGAACGAUAACUCCUUAUCGUGUACAACGGAAGGCUGCGCCAAGCACUGCAACCGGUGUGCGGGGUAAUUGGAAAGUAUCGCAUUCUGCCUCGCGUUGACGUGGUGGAUUAUAAGUGGCUUUCAUCGGCGCGUAGGCUUUAGUAACUGUACGACUGGAUUGGCGCCCGGGCACGCUUCUGCCUAAGUAUGCGGCGCAGCCUGCUCGGCAUAUAAACUGAACUGUGCCAGCACUUACAUGUCAAUUGCUUCAAUUUGAUCAACUUCUGAAUUCUCAGGGAGUCUCUAUCAACAUUCGCAAUGGCUAAGAAAGUCCCGAAAAAGAAGCAGCCAGCGCCUCCACCAGCGCCUCCACCGGACCCUCUCUUACCUUUGGAUCCACGACCAAAGACCUGUCCAUAUGCAGAAACUCCUAUCACGCUUUGUAUCGGCCCAGAAAGAAAACAGUACUAUGUCCCAAACAGCCUUUUGCAAAAUCCAGAUUGGGUCAAUUUCCCUCACUCAUGGGGGGGAAACAUACAUUUGUCCGAUGUGGAUGAAGGAACUGGCCAUGUACUAGUUCAUUACUUGUACACUGGGGCUUACCAGACACUCAACGAUAUGGAGUCCUCCACUCUCAAGAAAGGAAUCAUUGAAUUCAGGAGAGCCCUUUUGGCGUACAUCGCGGCGAAGAAAUAUAGUCUACAUGGCCUAAAGAAUCUGGCCAGGGACGAAGUCAAACGUUUCGGCGCCGAGUUAGACAUCUUCGACAUCGUUGAAGCUAUCAAUAACGACUUCUCAAAGAUGCCCGAUAAUGUCGCGUGGUUCCAUCGCUACUUGGACAAGAAAGUUCAGGCCACCUUCGAAGAAGAUCACACAAUAUUCGCAAACGACGACUUCUUCGAUUGUAUCAGCAAUGCCGCUCUAACCAAAGUUCUGGCAAAAUGCGUGGUACAGCUCUACAACAAAAAGGUCUCAUACAUGCUCAACGCAGAUAGGGAGCCUGUCAUGGAGACAGCUGAAGAUUAUACCCCGGAUACCCAAACUACAGUCAACGAAGAACCUCGGGCGGAAGCGUGGUGUGCCGAUAAUGAAGCCCCUGCCGAAGAAUGUAUCCCCGAAGCUGCGAUUGAAGGCGAAGCAUGUUAUCCUGACAAUGAAGUCAUUAACGAAGAGUAUCCUCCUGCCCAAGAGUAUCCUCCUCCUGCCGAAGAGUGUCCUAUUGAUGCGACUCCCACCCAAGAGACCUUAAUCGAAGAGCCUGUCGCUGCCGAGGAGUCUUCUGUCUUGGACUUUGAUACGUUUGGUGCAGUACCCACUGAAUUGACACCGGUGAUCGAAGAGCGUCCAUCCGAACCUGAUGAAUGGGGUCUUUUCGAAGCUGCUAGGGAGAAGAGGAAGAGGAUGAGCAAGAAGGAAACUAGGGCGGCACCAAAGAUCGAGGAGUCAGCGCUACCGCCACCGCCACCGCCAUUUGAACCUGAGUUGGAAUUUCAGGCGGAACAUGUAACAGAGCCAGAAUCUCUCAUGGCUGAACAGACGAAGCAUGAUAUCUGGGGCACUUGGGAAUCUUCCGGCACAAUCAAAGAAGACCGCACAUUUGCUGCGGUGCCUGGGGGUUCCUGGUGCUCUACUCCAGUACCUCUAAGCUCCUUCGGCACAACCACAAAUGACACUACGUUUGCUGCGGUACCUGAUCCGUCUGUUGAGAAGCCGAGUUCCGUACACCCACCGCCGGUAGCGGAAAAUAAGGGAAACGAUCCUGGGUCAAAUUUGGCGGCGACCACGAAGAUAAAAAAACUCCACAAGAGCAAGAAAUUCAAGAAGAGCAAGAAGCAUAUUGUUCAUGAUGAUCCUCCCCCACAUCCCCCUGACGUCCCUGAGGCCGAACCUGAACCGUUUCCCGAACCCAAAUUUGGACCUGUAUUUGACGAUCCAGGUGAGCCAGUAGCAGAAACUUUCCAACCCGAUGAAGUAGAUAUGCUCGUUAAAAAUGGCCAUGGCGAUCUUAUCGGGGACCCAGAACAGCCUGUCGAGGCUGACAAGGAAAUAUGCCCCCUUCGCGCCAAGCAUUUGCUUGAAGGAGACAUGUGGAAAAGCUGUGAACAAUGCCGGGCUUUGUUGCGCCAAAUUGCUAUCGAAAUUGCCCGCAAGGAUCUUGUAAAUGAGGAUGGAUACGAGGUAGUGGGCCGGGUGUAGAUAAAGAGAUAGGAGAGAUGCGGAUGAUCAGACUGUGGGCAUUCUUAUCUGCUACUUCUGUAGGCCGCAGUAUUACUAGUUAGAUUUAGUUCUAUAGUUACUCCGACUAAAUUUUUGCAUUGCGGUACUAUACUGUUUAUUGUGUUGCAACACUGCUUUGCGAUUUGUAUAGAACUCCUUGAGCUUUACAACUUUCUCUUAGAUGGUAGAGGAAAACCGUUUAGCAUUUUCUAUACGGCUUGCUAUAUGCCUCUAAUCUUCUUCAACUCUCAAUAUGAUCGUUGUCUGUAGGUAUAAUCGAAAUAGAUG